CUGACCACCUAGCUGAGUAGUCAGUUGCAGUUCAGUAUCAGGGCUUUAAAAACAGCUAUAGUAGCCACAUUCACGGCCGUCAAAUCAGAGCAUCGGGACUUUUAAAAAUGGCGAGAUACUUGAGGCCGCCUAAUACAUCUCUCUUCGUUAGAAACAUCGCCGACGAGUCCAGGCCAGAGGAUUUACGACGUGAGUUUGGUCGUUAUGGGCCUAUUGUAGAUGUCUACAUUCCACUUGACUUCUAUACACGGCGGGCAAGAGGAUUUGCUUACAUUCAGUUUGAAGAUGUCCGGGAUGCCGAGGACGCUCUUCAUAACCUGGACCGUAAAUGGGUUUGUGGACGUCAAAUCGAGAUCCAAUUCGCCCAGGGGGACAGAAAGACCCCGAACCAGAUGAAGUCCAAAGAGCGCCACUCCCCUCGCAGCUUCUCCCGCUACGACGAUGAUAGGGAUAGCCGCCGAAGACGGUCCCGAAGCCGCAGCUAUGAUCGACGCAGGUCUCGGAGCCCCUCCUAUGAGCGCCGUCCUCGGAGGUCUGAGAGCCCUAGAGAAUCUCGGUCGUACAGUCGACACAGACGGAGCAAAAGCCGUGAAAAUGACAAGUACAGAGGUCCUCCUCGUGACCACCACAGGACUCAUCAUGAACCAUCACGUAGCCACUCCCACUCCCCUUCACCCUCCAGAGCCAUGGUCAAAGGUAAAAAGAGUCAGUCCAGGUCCCACAGCCCGGCUGAAGACUUCCACCCAACCUCCAGCUCCCAGAAACAGCCUGUGGGACGAUCUCCAUCCCGCUCCUACUCUAGAUCCAUGUCCCGGUCACGCUCCCGCUCCCGCUCCAGGUCCUGGGCUGGACGCAAGUCUGGAGGCCACUAACUGCCUGUUUACCCAAAGCCGAGUUAAUCCGUCUCUGAGGACGUUUCUGCUAAGCUCUGACAACCACAAAGUGUUUGAAUUUGUUUUUCAUCACAUUAUGGUGUCUGAUGCCAAAGGGUUGAGAGCAGCAGAUUUUUUGUUUUUGUUCUGAAGUGAUCUUUGAAAGCACAGAUCAUCCCUGGUGAGGCUUUUCUUUUUGUAAUGAGCGUUGUCAGAGCUGGAAAAAAAUGUAAGUUUGGCAUUGCCAAUGAUAUUUUUGUACUUUGAGUUAGCAAUAUUUACAUCAUAUAGUAUGAUGCCUAUCUCCGUUUGGCUUUAUGGUUUGUGUAUUAUAAGAACAUGAAUAAAUAAAUAAAAAAAUUAGGCCCUGACAAACCAGUAUUUACUAUCUAUGCUGUUCUUGGAUGCCUGGUUUUAGAGGCACUAUUAUUCUGCUGAACACUAGAAGUAAUCAGUGUUGUUAUGGACAGUGUAUGGAAUGACAGUUAUAAGCAAUCCAAUAUUGUAUGUGACAUGUUUUAUGUGUUUAAGACAACUGCGUUCAUUUCUCUGGUACAUUGUACAGUGACUGAAACACAGUCACUUGAAUAUGUGUUCCUUAGUACUGUUAUCCUACUUUACUUGGUAUGCUUUGUCAAUAAAGAUUGGAUCUCUAUUUGGUCUUUUUUUUUUUAAAUCAAACUAUAACAAGCACUGCAAGGAACCUCCGCAGGGCUAUAAAAAGUCAGAUCAGCGUAAUUGCGUCUUUAAAGUCAUGAAAUGCUGUUAAAUUUGAUCAAUUUAUUUUUUGUCACUAAUCUUAAAACCCAAUACUGCAUUUUUGCACAUACCUGUUAACCGUCUAUCGAUUGACUUUAAUACAUAAAUCCUACCCUGCACUUAACUACAUAGAAACUGUCAACCGUUUAACUUGCCUGCAAUGCUUAGGACAUAUGUCCUAAAAUCAGUACUUAAAUUGGGUUUAAAAAAAAUCCUUGAAAUUGCCUUAAAAACAGUAAGUAAGUGUCUGAUAACUAAGCUAUGUGUUUUACUGGAUAUGGUGACAAAUGUCUAUGGUCUAUAAUACACUUUGUCAGAAGAUAUUCAGGCACAGGCAAAAAAUAGGGGGGAGGGAAAGGGAUUUAUUUGUUUUUUUGGUUAUUUUUUUUUGUCAAUUCAGAUUGCAUUCUUUUACAUUCAAUUUUUUAAAAACACUAAUUGAUACCAAUCUUUAACAGGGCAUUUUCUUUUCAUCUUAAGUGACAUUUCAUGAGGGGGACAAAUUAACAGCCAAUUAGUUACAAGUUUCAAAUUUUGAAUAAAGGAGACUGCCAUGCACGACUCAAUCAGGGCAAGAAAGAAAGUGUUAACAUGAAACCAUUUUACAUACAACUUAAACAGCAUGGGGCCAAGUUCAGUUGUCAGCUGGCGGAAGAACAGCUGAGAACUGACCGUGGUUCAGAUAUUUAAAAAAAAAAAAAAAACAUUUGGUCAAUUUGUGGCAUUGCCACCUAAUGAAAAUAUUCAGUUUCAGCAUGGAUUUCAACUUAGGCACAAACAGGUCAACUCAAGAUUAAAAGCAUCACGCUUACAGACUGUAAGCACAUUCAGAACUCGAAUUCAUACAUGGGCAAGUCUCCUCCGGGAUCCAAUUGAUAUUUUAGCAGUUUUACCUAAUUUGCACUAAGCAUAUUUCACCCUACACUGCAUAAUACAAAACAAUAAAAAACAUGUGCAAGAUCUCUGGAAAGGUAACAGUGCAGGGGUACUUGAGAAAUGCUAUAGGCAGUUUUUUUUUUAACAAAAAUAUUCUUCAGUAUUGAAGUCAAGACAUGUCCUUAGCAUGUCUUAUACAUUCAGUGUUAUUACUAAAAAUACUUUUGUCAUACAGGCCUCAAACUUGGCCUGCAAAUGUACAUAUGCUACAAGUACUUUAUACAUUUCAUUAUUUACAUGGCUCUUGAACACAUUAACAAGCUCUCAUACUUUGUUUUGUCAUCUUUAGGCUGGCUAAACACCUCCAAUUCUGCAAGGGGAAAGCAAAAGAGCCUCAAAGGAGGAUUGAAUCACAAAAAUAGAGAAUCCAUAGGGAGAUAGUCAAUUACGCCUCCAUCAUUUCAAUAGCAUCCUGGUCUGUAACUUAUUAAAAACUAGUCUGAUUGCAGUGCAAGAGGGUAAACAAGAGGCAGAGGCAAGAGGCAGAGAGUGUCUGUUGGUUAUGGGAUGGUCGAUCACCAAGACCUACUUUGUAAACAUAAACACCAGCCUUCUGCCUCAUGUUAAGUCCCUGGGGCCACUCCUAUUCAAAAACCUCACUCAACUCAGCCUUACCUUGCUUACAUGUGCAUGCAGCCAACAGGACCAAAUCACAUGACUUAGAAUGAAACUCGACUGUCCCACAACUAAGCCAGGCCCUCUUCCGCAUGUUAAAGCUGCAGCACUGUCCUGAAAAGGCUGAGACUGAGGAGCAAUAACAGUACUGAUUGAAACAGAUGAACAGUUUAAAGUGACCUUCGGGAACUCUGACCCAUUCACCACUCGGGCUGGCAAGGUUAAAGUGGCAAUGGCAAUGCCAACCACACAGAGGAUGUUCCAAAAAAAAAAUUGAAAAGGAAAAAAAAAUACAGCGAAAACAUUGCUUUGGUUACAAACAGCACUUCAUACAUCUUUCAACCACAACAAUAAAGGACUUGUACAAAAUAAUGCUAUGAUAGAGUGUUAAAGGCCUCAGACCAGUUCAACUCCUAUAGUGCAUGUGCGCACAGCGCAAUAAAAAAGG